AUUAUCAUGCUGUAUUAUCCCCGUUUUGUUUCCCCAAAGGAUAAUUCUACCAUCUCAGCAUGGUACCCUCCUUUCUAAAGAAGAUGUAUUCCAUCAUGUGAGUCACUCAUUCAAAAAACACGAAGACGACACAUAGUUAAGACAUGCUUCUCUUUCUUUGCCUUUUCGUAUUCCCUCUCACAUCGGCAAAUCAGAAAACAAGGAACUCCAUGUUUGGCCAUUCACUCCUUGCAUCUCCCUACAACGAGACAGAUGUUGGGGAGCUUUGGGAGUGCUACAAACUCUGCUAUGACGACAAAGAAAACUGCGCCAGCAUCAAUUACGACAUGAAAAAAGGGAGAUGCAAGCGCAUGAAGGUUACACAUGUAAACCUGCCUUGCGAACUCGUGAAAAUGAAGGACCAUGUUUACGCGGAUAUAAGAGCGAAUAUAAGAGGUUGCACUAAGAAAUCUUACCCUUUGGGAAUAGAAGAUGGCAGCAUUCCUGACUCGAGUAUCACGGCUUCGUCACGUUUUGGACCUUCAUACAGCCCUUAUUACGGACGCCUUAAUAACCAAGCCGUUAGCGAGAAACAGUUUGGGGCAUGGGCAGCCAAGAUUAAUCAAAAAGGCGAGUACCUGCAGGUGGACCUGGGCCGAGUAACAUUGGUUACUCAUGUUGCAACGCAGGGACGCGACGACUUUCCCCAAUGGGUGACUAAGUACACCGUGAAUUACAGUCUGACGGGAGAACAGUGGCAGAGUUACGAAGACGAGAAUGGUGUGAUUAAGGUUUUCCCUGGCAACUCAGAUCAGACCACUGUGGUGAAGAACGAGUUCUUCCCUUUCAUCAAGGCGCGUUACGUCAGGAUUUUAGUUCAGGGUUGGUACGAUCAUAUCACUAUGAGAGCGGAGUUUUACGGAUGUGCAGCUUGACUUAGUUAGAUACCUUUGCAUUUGGCAAUUUCAUUUUAAGCAAAUUCCCUUCUUGGUUGAGGGGGUUAGAAAAACAAUGAUUGACGCCUCUCCUAUCGAUGGCUUUUCUAUUUGAAGUGGGUGCUUUUGAGGACGAAAUAUGGAAUGUGAUAUUCUAAUGAAAAUAAAGAAGUCCAAUAAGGCGUUUUAAAAUUAACACACGUGCAUCGCAUUAGACCAAAAUAAAAUGCAAGCCACAAUUUGCACUUUGCACAAUAUUUAUUGCGGCCCUUGCGGCCUAUGUUAAUCUUUACACCUGUAAACAUGAUAGAUUGAGUUUUCAAUAAAAGGAGAAUAAGACAAUCACUA